AUGAAGCUGUCAAAGCUGCAGUCUCUAGCUACGAAGGAAGAUCGCGCUGAGAUGAAGUCAAGACCGUAUCGUUCUUUGAUCGGGUGUCUGAUGUACAUCGCGACCGGGCAUAGCAUUCGUGCUCCUGUGGUGUUCAAGUCCAAGUACCAGAGGACCGUCGGUUUAAGUUCUGCGGAAGCCGAGAACAUGGCUCUAAGCCUUUGUAUGCAAGAAGUGCUUUGGGUGCGCGCCAUGUUGAAGGGCAUGGGUCGCGAGCAAGUGGGAGGAACGCGUGUCUGGGAAGACAACCAAGGUGCAAUUGCACUGGCACGUAACGCUGGAUAUCACUUUUCGGACAAAGCACGUGGACAUUAG